AUGAAGCCGUCGUAUGGAACGCGCAUGCGCAGUUUUGCCUACGCUGGUCAGUGUUGGAGCAGAAAUGGCGGCGCUCCGGGUGUGUGUGUGGCGGUCCACCGGCAGAGCUUUACUCCACUCAAAACCUCCAGUUCAGUUCUCUCGAGCAAAUCUGUCCUUUGCCAGUUUAUCCAAGGGCAGAAAAGCAGCGAUCUCUACCCUGGGUGUGUUGACAGCAGGAGGAGCCGGCCUCGCACUGAUUUUACAUCAGUCAGUAAAAGCCUCUGACCUGGAGCUACAUGCGCCAACUUAUCCAUGGAGCCAUGCUGGCAUGCUGUCUGCUUUAGAUCAUGCCAGCAUCCGACGUGGUUAUCAGGUGUACAAGCAGGUGUGUGCAGCCUGCCAUAGUAUGGAGUAUCUGGCCUUCCGAAACCUGGUUGGUGUGUCGCACACAGAGGAAGAAGUCAAGGCCCUUGCUGAAGAGAUUGAGGUAGUAGAUGGACCAGACGAAUCGGGAGAGAUGUUCACUCGUCCUGGGAAACUGUCUGAUUACUUCCCAAAGCCGUACUCUAACCCAGAAGCUGCUCGUGCCGCUAACAAUGGAGCUCUUCCCCCUGACCUCAGCUAUAUAGUCAAUGCCAGGCAUGGUGGAGAGGACUAUGUUUUCUCACUGUUGACUGGUUACUGUGAUCCCCCUGCUGGUGUGACUUUGAGAGAGGGACUCUACUACAACCCCUACUUUCCUGGCCAGGCCAUUGCCAUGGCUCCGCCCAUCUAUAAUGAGGUCUUGGAGUACGAUGAUGGCACGCCAGCCACAAUGAGCCAGGUGGCAAAGGACGUGUGCACUUUCCUGCGCUGGGCAGCCGAACCAGAACACGAUCAGCGGAAAAAAAUGGGUCUUAAGCUGCUUAUGGGCUCAGCGAUCCUCCUGCCGCUGGUGUACUACCUGAAGAGGCACCGCUGGUCUGUACUUAAGAGCAGGAAGAUUGCCUACAGGCCACCAAAGUAAAUCUGAAUCAGGAUCAAGUCUGAGAAGAAUUUUGCAUCCGGUCCAUCAUCAUGCUCUGUGUAUAAGGGGAGGAUUUCUGACAUUUCGAACCACUCCAAGGGUGAAAACCAUCAACGCCUACCUAUAACUCAUGGACCAGGAUGACCAGUUAUGUUAUGUUCGACACACGUUCGUGUUAAUAUGUAAUAUCUUGGUGUGAAUCUAAUAAACUGUAUUUUACAAAGUG